AAACCGGGAACGUUAAACUCUGUAAGCUUGCCUAUUCAGUGAUCCACCAAAUCAUGAUCAGUGGAUGAUCGACAACAAUAACGAAAUUCAUAUAAUUUUGGCUCCAUUUUGUGCUUGUGGCCAUCGUUUCUAAUUAUGGGUGGAUGUCGCUGUUCUUACAAAAAUUGUAAAAACACAACGAAAACCACGGAUAACAUGCAUUUCUUUCACUACCCGGUUAAACAGAAAGAAAGGUGCAUAAAAUGGAUUGAAAAUGCUUGCAAACCAAAAUUUUUCGAACUAGAAGAAGAGCAGUUACGAAAUAAAGUUGUGUGUGAAGUGCAUUUUGAAAACAAAUGGUUUCCAAACCUACAGAGAAAAAGGUUAAUACAAGGUGCAAUACCAACACUGGAUGGAGAUAGUGAAGAUGAUCAUCCAGAAAAUGCAGAUGUGCCAGUGUUUAUUGCUGCUCCAAACCCAUAUAGCUCCCAGUAUAGUGAUGUCCAUGUAUUGCCUGCAAAUGAUGAUGGCACUGUAUUUGUACUUGAUACAGAAAAUAUGUACUCAAGGGUACAAAAAGUUGAAUCUUAUAUAAUUAAAAAUGGAAUAUUAGUGCCAUCAAAUUCCAACCCAACCGUUAAGCCAUCUAUUCCCGUAGUCCCUAAAUCAAUAUCAACUACUAAAGCAUCAACAAGCAACACAGUGUCCAAUAUUUUCUAUAGCAGUGCAGAAAUGGAAGUAGAGCAUCUACCACAAUCAAAACCUACAAGUGAUGUGUCACCCAAAGUUGAUUCUCUCAUUAAGCAUGAAGUGGUAGAAACACCAGAAGCAUCAUAUGGUCUAAGAAGUCAAAAGAAAGUGAUUCUCAAUAUAGAUGCUGGGGUUAAUCAAGAAAAACAACAAAAUUGUAAUAUAAUCCCAUUGCACAAUGGGACUGAAAAAAGAAGAAAUUCGUCUCAUCAUCGUUGCCUACCUCAAAAACCUGUGUUUGGAAGAAGCUACUUGCGCCAAAUCAAGCAACACAGCCGAGACAUAGCAUAUAUUAAAAGAAUGUUAAGAAGCAGGGCAAAUGAACAAAAACCUGAUUCUAACGUCAUAUUAAAAACCCUUGAAGGAAAAAUUCCUCCCACAUUGCACACCAUGUUAAGCUUGGUGUUGGGAGAGAAAAACAAUUUAACUGAAGAUGAUAUUGAAUUCUUCACAACACUUCAUAGAGUCUCCCCUGAUAUGUAUCAGUUAUUAGCUGGUAAGUAUAAAUGGAACUUGCCAAGGGUGGAUGUAGAUGAAGCACCAGAUGAGUAAUUU